AUGCAGACCCUCCAGAGGUCAUCAGUGGGAAUGGAUCUAACUCGCCUCUCAUUCCCACGAAGAGAUGGAGUAAAACCGAUAUGUCGCACCAAGGGUGAAAAGACACCCGAUCCCGAGGAAUUGGAUGAGGAACUACUGAGGCGUACAUGCGAAAGCCUAAAUAUCGACUACUCACUUUUUGACGACUGGACUGAGGAUCCUAGAGGGAUGAGGAUCGAGGAUAUGAAGAUCCCGUUUUUGCCGAGCGAGAUUAUGCUCCAGAUAUUUAGCGAAUGCAGACCCGAGGUCCUUGUUGAAUGCAAGAAAACCUGUAGACGAUUCCGAGAUCUAUUGUCUGGGAACUCAAGUAUCUGGCGUAAAGCUCGCGAUAAGAGCUAUCCGGGACUACCAUUGAAACUUCCCCUGGACUUUGAUGAAGAAGAAUUAUUCGAUAUGACAACUGGCAAGAAAUGCGAUUAUUGUGAUACUAAGAAGAAAGUCCGACCAUACUACGUUUGGAGUGUCCGAUGUUGUCAGGAAUGUAUAAAAACUCUGACACUUUCCGCGUCCGAGUUCAAACGAAUGCUCAAAAGGAAAGUAGGAGAAUCAUCUGAUUGGGACGCUCAAAAACGUGAGCUCAUAUGCCAUACUAUCAAAUGGCACGAUCUACCUACAGGAGCAAGACUCUGUUGGAAGGAGGAAGCCUAUGCACGGAUAAACGAAGCCGAGGAGGUGUUGCUUGAAGAGAGGUUCCGGGAAUGGUAUUUGGAAUCAUCUGUUAGCAAAGAUAUGAGGGAAGUCUUCUGGGUUUUGGAGGAUUGGGGAGCCGAUGUUCCACGUAUGAUGAAGAAGGAUAAGGAAAAUGAAAAGAAUAAAGUAAUAGAUGCUAGGAAAGAGUUAUACAAAGCCUGGUGCUUAAAGAUCCUUCCAAAUCCCAUACCUAGCGAAACCCUUCCUUUGCUCUCAGCAUACAACAGUACCGUUAAUAAACCUGGGUUUCUCACCAAAAAAGAGUUCGUUUUAUCCCUUCCUCGUCUCAUACGUGAUAGCAUCCGUUUCGACGAUGAGGUUCGUCGUCACAAAGCCCUCGAGCGUCAAAACCGGCUCAAGCACGAUGAUCUGCUGGAAGAAACAGUUCAGCAGGUUAUGCAUGCCCUCAUUCGUGAAGGCUCGGCGAAAAAUUGGGGCAGCAUAGUGAGAGAAAAGGUCAAAGAAGCAAGCUCAUCCAAGAUAGAUCUGAAAUUCCCUAAGGAUACUCCGGAGGCUGUCUUGCGGGAAUGGAGAUGGCGUUGUAAUGACUUAGGGAUUCCACUGCUGUACCGUUUUGCGAACCUAUUGGAAGAGGCGUUGGACCGCGAGACUUCUCCAUACCGGGAUUUACUCCAUCCCAGUGUUUUUGAAUUUUUCGAGAACGAAGAGGACCGUAUCUUUACCUGUCACGGAUUGUCGAUGCAAUUCACCCACAUCGGGCCCACAUUUCAUAGGCAAUCUUUAGUAGGAUGCUUCUGGUAA